UACGUCCCCCAAUUGGCGCACAAAAUUCAAACACCGAAACAGGAAGAAUAGACAAAAGUGAGUCCUUGCCUCUUCGUUUUAUUUCAAGCCUUCUAACACAACUGUAAAGGAUUGGUGACAUUUCUUCACGUCAUUUUAUGAUAACUAAGAUGAGUGCAGCAUCCUCGCCGAUCUCCCGUGUACGCCAAGGAUGGAUGUCCUCCACCUCAUCUAUCAAAAACAAGGGUGCAUCACCAGCUGCCUGUAGCACGCCGCUGCUUGCGGCCUUCCCUGGCAAUGAUGACGAGAAAGAGCGACGUCAGCGCAGACGAUCUCGAGUCAUUGACCUUCAAGCUGCUGCAGACUCCUCUUUCUGUGAUUCUGUCACUCACAGUGCGGCAGGGACACCGGCUGCUGUGCCCAAGUUGUCCAAUGCACAGAUCUCAGAACAUUACUCCACUUGCAUCAAACUCUCCACUGAGAAUAAAAUUACAACAAAAAACGCCUUUGGUCUGCAUCUUAUUGACUACAUGGCCGAUAUUCUCAAACAGAAAGAUUCAGAGCUCACAAACUUCAAGGUAGCAGCUGGGACGCUGGAUGCAAGUACUAAGAUCUAUGCUGUCCGAGUGGAUGCAGUUCAUGCAGAUGCCUACAGAGUACUUGGUGGCCUUGGGGCUGAAACCAAACCAGGAGAAGAUCAUGCCAUAAAGGAGGAAGAGCAAAAUGAAGAUACUGAGGUGACGGCCAAACAGCCAAAGAGGAAGAGGCCUCCAAAGAAGACUGUGGAGCAGAAUUUGAGCAACAUUAACAGCGCUGAGUCUGAGAGGAAAUGUGAGGUGGACCCCAUGUUUCAUCGAAUGGCGUCAUCCUUUGAUGAGAGUAGCACAACUGGGGUAUUCCUUUCUGUUCUGUUCAGUGAGAACAGUCGCUGUGAGCUGCUCUUCCCAUCCCACAUGACCCUUCUACAGUCCACUGCUUCAUACUCGCCUCCACCUCCAAUGGCAGUUCCUGCAUCCCCAUUCAUGGCUGGACUGCAGCGUUCUCAGGAGAAGAGCUCCAUUUGCCCCUCUCUGCAGGACUUUUCCUUCACGAGCUGGAACCCAGAGCAGACAAUGAGCCAACAUUUGGAGAAGAUGAAGCGGGGUGAACACGUGUUUGAUGUCAAUGCUGAACCUGAACCCGAAGUUGAAGAGGAUUAUCCCGAAUUUGAUGCCGACUAUGAGGAUGGUGACAGUGAGGAAGGGGUGAAGGAACAUAAAGAGGGCUGUGUGGCCUCUGGUUCUGGAAAAGGACGUGAUGUGAUUCCAAUUGGAGAGGCAGAUAUCGCCACUAUGUGCCUGCAGCUGUCCUCUCAGCCCAGAGAGUAUUCAUACUUCAGCCCCAGAACAAUGGCCACGUGGGCAGGACCUGGCUACUGGCAGUUCAAGCCAAAGCACAAAUUGGACCAUUUGCCCGACAAGGAGACGCGUAAAAAGAAGCCAAAAAAGACUUUUGAAAUGGAUUUCAAUGCGGAUGUCAACUUUGACCCCUACUUCCGUACCACAAAAGCAGCCACCACCAUUAGCAAGUCAGCCCUCAGCUCCAGCAACAAGAAAACAACUCUACCAGCAGAAUUCCAGUUUCCUCCAGAGACACUGUCUCAGCUAAGCCUGAAACCUUCUGCGUCGUUAUGUCCAGAGGCGCAAAGAAGACUCUCUGGGGAGCUUGGAGAAGGCAUUGGAGAUUAUGACUACAACAAUCCCAACGAUACGGCAAACUUUUGUCCAGGUCUUCAGACUGGUGACAGUGAUGACGACGUGGAAGGGUUUCCAGACUCUGACGAUACACAACCAUCAGGGGAGAGUUUUCCACCGCCCUCACAAGACGGCGUCUCUACCUAUGGCGAGGAUGAUCUUGUACCAGAGCCACACAAGGUCAACAAGAUAGAUAUCAACUACUGUAAAACAGCCAAGAAAAUGGAUAUGAAAAGACUGAAGAGCAACAUGUGGACUCUUCUCACUGAAAGCCCAGAAAAAUCUGACAAGGAGGUUGAAACAGUACAAGUUUGUGGCGACAAAGUCUUCAGUCAAACCACAAAGACGCUGCUUCAAAGACUGCCCAACACGAUGGCUCAAAACCUGUCCAUCCCUUUGGCCUUUGUUGCACUCCUUCAUCUGGCUAAUGAAAAGAAUUUGGAGCUGGUGGAGGUUGACGACAUGUCGGACAUCAUCAUCAGGCAAAGCCACUGAGGACAAAAGGAUUUGAAGGAAUGUUCAUCAUUAUUUACACCAUAUUUUGUACACUAUUUUCAUUGCAGUCAUCAUUUCUGUCUCUGCAGCUUGCCAUUGUUUAGAUGCUUUAAUUAUUUCUGUACUUUUCCUUACAUACUGUACUUACAUACAUUAAAGGGGACGUGUUAUGAUUUUCCUCUUUUGUGACUUGUACAUCUCGUUACAAUGUUGGAAAUCAUAAGAUUUAUGCAAAGAGCUUGCGUGCCGUUUUGGAUGCCUCUGAAUGAUCUUUUUUGACAGUGGCCCAUUUGUGACAUCACAGUGUGAUGGACGUACAUACAGUAUGUGGCCAUUUAUUGUACACGCUGUCAGCCAGCCUUCCCUCUGCUUUAGGCUGUGCCACCCAUGUUAUUCCUUCUCGUUUCAUGCCCCACCGUUACCUCCUGAGUUAUUCCUUCUCGUUUCCCCAUAACCUCCCAUGUUAUUCCUUCUUGUUUCCCCGUUACCUCCCAUGUUAUUCCUUCUCGUUUCCCCGUUACCUCCCAUGUUAUUCCUUCUCGUUUCCCCGUUACCUCCCAUGUUAUUCCUUCUCGUUUCAUGCCCCACCGUUACCUCCCAUGUUAUUCCUUCUCAUUUCAUGCCCCACCGUUACCUCCCAUGUUAUUCUUUCUCGUUUCAUGCCACACCGUUACCUCCCAUGUUAUUCCUUCUCGUUUCAUGCCGUCCCGUCUGCUCUUAUGUCUUAUUAAAUAAAUACGUUUGUGUUGAUUUGUCCACAACAUUUUACACAGAACUGUUUUGUCAACAUAGACCAGUAACUACAAAAUUGGAUUAAACGCCUAACUUUGACGAAAAACGGAAAAAUUACCGUAUUUUCCGCACUAUAAGGCGCACCUAAAAACCUCCAAUUUUCUCAAAGCUGACCGUGCGCCUUAUAAUCCAGUGCGCCUUACAUAUGGACCAAUAUUGAGCCACAACGGGUCUCGCAACUACAGGAUGCAUAACGUAACCCCAGCCUCUACUGUAGCGUCUAUUCUAUGCGCCUUAUAAUGCGGUACGCCUUAUAUAUGAACAAAGUUUUAAAAUAGGCCAUUCAUUGAAGGUGCGCCUUAUAAUCCAGUGCACCUUAUAGUGCGGAAAAUACGGUAGUUGGUUAACACGAUAUAGGUAAGAUCAAGUAUUAUUUUCAUCGUGCACACACUAAGACUGGGUGGAAAAAAAUGCAGCUUUAGAAAAUAGAUGGUGUCAGACAAAAAAAAAAUUGCGAAGAUGUUUGUGUUCCAAAAACUUUUGGAGAGAUUCAUUUGCAGUCUAAAUGGAGUGCCUCCACAAAUGAGCAGUUUGCAGCCACAUGCAAAAAGUGGGUCAUAAGUGUGACAGUGGCUAAAUUUACCCUAUCCCAUUCAUAUUAUAACAGGGAAGUGUGUUAAAUGUACAUUAAAAUCAUCAUGAACUGCAUUAAUUCACGAAACGUACACAUGUAUAUUAUGAAUUUAGAUCACAUUUUGUGAGGUAUACUUGAAAAAAUCAUUUUGGGGCAUUGGGGACACGGCACAGGAGCCAAGCGUGCAGUUUUAACAAAGUUUUAAUGGUCAUAUAUUUUUGUCCAAGACUUUUUCCAGUAGAACGUGACUUUUCAGUCACGUCCGUAUCCUCUCUCCCCUCCUGCUCCCGGCUGCUUACUGUUAAAGACAACAGAUGAUUAGAUUGACACGUACCACCUGUGAAAUCGAAUCACCUGCCAGCUGUGUCUCGCCGUCAGCACUGCCACGCCCCCGUCUGAUGGUGCUCUGUCCUCUCAGCACCAUGGACAGAGGCGGUGACGUUUGCUCCUGCAGGCAGCGCUGGCCACACCUCCCCCACAGGGACUUUUUCACACUCUAUAUAAGAUCAUGUAAAUUUAACUUUUAUGUGUUUUAGCUACUAUU